AUGGCGUCGGCGGCGUCUUCAAGCGGUGUGAAAAAACGCCGUGCCUUAUCGCUGGAGAUUAAGGAAUGCGUCAUAAGGGACAUUGAGAGUGGCCUGAAGAAGGCGUCGGUGGCGGCGAAACACGGCGUUUCCGACACGACCGUGUCGACCAUCGACAAAAACAAGGACAAACUGCGGCAGCAACUGCAGCAAGAUUCGUCUUCCCUGUCACGGAAGAGAAUACGUGCGUCAAAAUACGAAUACAUGGACGCAGCGCUGUUCAGGUGGUUCCGCGAAGUUAGGCCUCAGAGCAUCCCAGUAAGUGGCCCCAUGCUCCAACAAAAGGCCAAGUGUCUCGGAGCUCUUUUAGGCCACGACGACUUCAAUCCACUCAACGGGUGGAUUCAGCGUUUCAAAGAUCGCCAUGGCAUCAGCUUCAAAGUGGUGUGCGGAGAAAGCGGCACUGUCGACGACGAGUCUAUCGAAGUCUGGCUUCAGUUGAACUUGGAGAGUAUGCUGUCAAUCUAUACUGACAGAGACAUUUAUAAUGCCGAUGAAGCUGGUUUAUUUUAUAACCUUUUGCCCAACCGCAAGCUUGCGUUGAAAGGCGGAGCCUGCUCCGGCCGCAAGGUCUCAAAGGAGCGCAUAACUGUAUUGUUUUGCGCCAAUUUGGACGGGAGCGACAAGCGUCGCCUCUUUGUCAUAGGUAAAUCGGCAAGGCCACGUUCUUUAAAAAGCGAGAGUGCCUGCCAGUGA